UCAUCAUAAGAAAAGUGACGACAAAGUUUUUUUUCAAUUUUUCUACAUUUCUAUUAAAUUCAUUACCAUUUUACAAUAUUAAGAAUCGAUGUUAGAAAUCGAUGAAUAAAUUUUGCAUCAUCAUGGUGUGGCUAAAAUCAAAAUGUCUGUCAUCCUGAAUUGCAGUGUAAUGGAACCUUUUUGGAAUGCAGAGUCUUGGUUUAAAGUCAGAUUUUGCAUAUAUUUGAGUGCCUGCUCCCAUUUCCCUAAUGAAGUUAGUUCACAUUCACUGUUUUCACAAAGUGAGAUUUCAGAUUUGCCUAAGAUGUACGUAGACUCCCUGUUUUCUAGUCCUCACAAGAGUUUCCUAAACGGAAAGCUGCUUCUCAGCUGCUAUCAGCUAUGGCUUUCUCAAAGCAAUUGCUCAUUUAUUGUUGGAUUUCAUUCGUUUUGAUGCCACUUACAACUUGUACAGACGAAUCAGAGGACAAUGAACACCAAAAAUAUGAUUAUGGAAGGAAAGUUCAACAAAUACGAGGAGGAAAAAUGUAUAAGUUUGUUCAGGAAUCAAUGUCAUGGAUUGAAGCGCAACAGAGUUGUGAAAAACAUCGAGGAUAUCUUCUGAGGGACUUGAAUGAUGAGAUCAAGGAGCUUGUACUUGCACAGUCCACACAAACUGGACCGUGGUGGGUCAGUCAGACCUUGAUGUAUAAAAAUUCCAUCACUGGAUUUGAGCUUGCCUCAUUUUACCCUUAUAAAAAGGACGGCAGUGCUGAAAAUCACCUUGCUUGCGCUUAUUUAGUCAAAGAUCCAUUUCAGCUACUGACCACACCCAACUGCAGCAUGAGCUUUAGUUCCAUCUGCACGCAAGAUUUAAAUGCUCAUCAGAAAUCAAGUGAAGAAACCAGAAGGAAGCGCAGAGGUGUUACUGACAUAUUAUCAGCAUUGCAUGGCAAUGUAGGAACUGACCAGCUUUUGACGGAUGCUAAAACAAUGCUAAAAGAUUUGGAGACUACACCGAUUGAACUGACAAUGGAUGAUAGGGUCAGUUACCUUCAAGCCAUUUAUAAAAACCUGAAAGCAUCUACUCCAAAUGACAACCAGCUGAGUGAAAUUGUCAACUGUACUGCGGCCAUGCUUUUAUACUCACAAGAGUGUGAGCCUGACAACAUGGAAGAGUUUGAGCAGCUUAUUACUCUUGCCGGCAAAAUUUAUGCAAUGGCUGUUGUCGGUAAUGGAAACAUUGUCAAGGACCUUCCAACAGGAACCAUUUAUGUCAGCAGACAAAAUUCAAGCACUCUGGGUAGAAAGAAUAUUGGCUCCACAGAUGGAGGAUAUUGCCAACUUCCAUCUUUUUCUGCAAUGAAAAGUCAACUGCCUUCUGGCAAUGUCAAUGUCCAGGUUUGCUAG